AUGGAGCACAGUCACAUCUUUCCUGUUCUGACCAUGAACGGCAGCUGGAGUCCUGAGCAGUUUCCCCCGGAGGUCAUGCAGGGGUGCCCGCUCGGACCGCUGCCUGUCAUCUACUACAGUGCCCUUCUCUGUCUUGGCCUGCCAGCCAACAUCCUGACAGUGGUGAUCUUGUCCCAGCUGGUGCUGCGUCGUCAGAAGUCCUCCUACAACUAUCUCCUGGCCCUGGCGGCAGCCGACAUCCUGGUGCUGCUCCUCAUCGUUUUCGUCGACUUUAUUUUGGAAGAUUUUAUUUUGGCCGCGCCUUUGCCCCCUUCCCUAAACAGCGCCGUGCAAGUCCUGGAGUUCUCGUCCAUCCACACGUCUAUCUGGAUCACGGUCCCUCUCACCAUCGACCGCUACAUCGCCGUGUGCCACCCGCUGCGCUACCACACCGUGUCCUACCCCGCCCGCACGCGAAAGGUCAUCCUGGUGGUGUACGUGGGCUGCCUGCUGUCCGCCGCGCCAUACUACUGGUGGCCCGAGUUGUGGCACAGCCUGUACAAGACGGGGGCUGUAGUCGGCGGCGACGCGACCCGGAGAACCGCGGCACAACACGUUCUGGUUUGGGCCCAUUGCGCGACUGUCUACCUCCUGCCCUGCACCGUGUUCUUCACCCUCAACGCCGGGAUUGUGCGCAAACUCCGCCGCAGACGCAACUGUUUCCGCCUGCGUGGCUACUCCACCGGAAAGACCACAGCCAUCCUGCUCGCCAUCACCUCCAUCUUUGCGGUUCUGUGGGCGCCGCGAACGCUCAUGAUCUUGUACCACUUCUAUUCCUCGCCCCCGGCCUCUCAGGGAGCGAGCCAGCUGCUGCAUCUGCUCACCGACCUGGCUAACAUGCUAGCUCUUCUCAACACCGGCGUGAACUUUUUCCUCUACUGCUUCAUCAGCAAGCGUUUCCGGGGUAUGGCGGCCAACGUGCUGCGCGCCCUGCUCCACUGCCGCAAGCAACCGCCUCCGUUCUACGCCAGCCACAACUUCUCCAUCACCAGCAGCCCGUGGAUCUCCCCAGCCAACUCGCAUUGCAUUAAGAUGCUAGUGUACCAGUACGAUAAAAACGGAAAGCCCAUUUGCAUCUCCUCGUGA